AUGAAAGUAUUAGAAGAAGAAAAUAAAGAAGCAGAGAACAAGGGAACAGGGGUUUUGGGAGAAAUGAUUUUAAAUGAUUUUGAUAAGAUAAAUAAUUCUUCGAAAGAAACAGAAGAAAAUAGUUUAAGCGCUUUUUUUUCACAAAAGGAGAUGUUUUUAAAGGAAUCAUUGAAUAGCAUUUUAAAUAGUUCUUUAUAUAAAUCAGGAGUGAAAGAACUAAAGUUAAUAGCUCGUGGUAAAGUACGAGAUGUAUACGCUUUAAAUGAACAACAGUUGCUGUUUGUUUCUACAGACAGAAUCAGUGCUUACGAUGUUGUUUUAGAUAACGUAAUACCAGGAAAAGGCCAAAUAUUAACAGCACUGUCUUUCUUUUGGUUUAAAAAGUUACAACAUAUAUGCCAACAUCAUUUGAUAGACACAAUGUUACCACUUAGUCUAGAAAACUAUGUACAAACACUAAUGGGACGAGUAAUGAUUGUUUCGCGAUAUCAAAUACUUCCUGUUGAGGCUAUUGUGCGUGGGUACAUGGCGGGUUCUGCUUGGAAAGAAUAUGUGCAGCAUGGAACAGUACAUGGUAUAGCCUUACGUCCAGGGCUUAAACAUGGACAACCAUUCGACACACCAUUAUUUACACCUAGCACAAAAGCAACACCUGGAGGACGUGAUGAAAAUCUUCAUCCUAGUCAAUUAUCAAAGAAAAUUGGAGAAAAACAUGCAAAAGAAAUAGAACGUCUUUCAUUAAUGCUUUACAACGAGGCACACGCAUAUGCCUUACAAAAAGGUAUUAUUAUUGCGGAUACCAAGUUUGAAUUUGGGGUCGAUUCGAAUGAUGAAUUAGUUUUAGUCGAUGAAGUGUUAACGCCAGAUUCAUCCAGAUUUUGGUCUUCUAGCAAUUUAUUAGAUAGUGAACCAUGCAGCCUAGAUAAGCAGCAUGUACGAGACUGGCUCGAGAAGCAUUGCAAAAUGGGUCAAGCGAACGUGAUACUCCCAGAGGAAAUAGUCAAUCAAACAAGGCAAAAAUAUAUCCAAGUUUACGAACAAUUGACAGGUAGUUCGUGGGUCGAGUAUAUAAAAGAAAUAACACAACAAUUCAUAAACAAUCUGAAGCAUAAAUCAUCAGAUUUCAAUAUGACAGCCUAG